GGGAAGCCGCCCUGAGGGUUCUCAUGCACUCUGGGUGGAUUUCUUGCUGUCAGCUGUUUGUUUCUGGCUGAUAGCCGACCGGCCUAAAAAGAGUUCCUGUUGUGUGCAGAGCGGCCCCCUCCCUCCUCGUAUGUUCCCGGCUCCUCUGACAUGUGUUGUGUCUCUUACAGUCUACAGAGUGUCAGAGCGCAGACAGGAGCCCGAGGGCCACAGCCGAGUCCCCCACCAUGUCUUCCUCCAACAAGAGCGACUUCACCUCUCCACUGCCACCUGCAGAAGAUUCCAGCAGUGGAACAGAUGCUGCGAUGAUAGCGGGUGUCAUUGUCGCUGUGAUCGCGGUCCUGGUGAUCCUCAUCGUGGUGGUGCUCCGUUACAAAUACAGACACAAUGGAACCUAUUUCACCAACGAGGCCAAAGGCACCGAAUUCGCCGAGAGCGCCGACGCCGCCCUGAAAAAUGACCCGUCGCUGCAGGACUCCGUAGACGAGUCGAAGAAAGAAUAUUUCAUCUGAGAGGACGGAGAAUGGUCUCUCCCGCCCCUCUCUGACUUCCCCGUGUUUACAUUCGCAAACACUACCGCGUUAUAUGAAGAGCUACAUCAAAGUCCUGUUUCUCAGAACGGGGCCUGUUGAGUCUCAGGGGAUCACAGAUAAUAUGCUGGAAUAUAUACCAAAGAAAUUGUAAAAUUCUGGGCGUGGCGCUGCGAGGCUGAUGAAUAAUUCUGACGCUAAGGCGUUGGCAUUGAGGCUUCCGGGCACGACGGCCGAAGA